AUGGAUGAAAUCAUGAACCAGAGUGGAACGCUGAACUUCAGCUCGCGCGGCGACGACGAGUUCACUUUCGAGGACAUCGACAUGAGCGCGGACGGGAGCCCCAUCCUGAGGAUUUUCAUCUCGGUGGUCUACUCUGUGGUGUGCGCGGUGGGGUUGGUGGGGAACCUGCUGGUGUUUUUCCUCAUGCGUUUACGGCAAGGUCGAAAGAGGUCCACCAUCAAUUUCUUCAUCAUCAACUUGGCCGUGACGGACUUCCAGUUCGUGCUGACUUUACCCUUCUGGGCCGUGGACACCGCGCUGGACUUCAGCUGGCCGUUCGGGGACGCCAUGUGCAAGAUCGUCCUCUCGGUCACGGUGAUGAACAUGUACGCCAGCGUGUUCUUCCUCACGGCCAUGAGCGUCACGCGCUACCUGUCCGUGGCCACGGCCCUGAAAAAGAAAGCCUACCGACGGUCAAGUUGCGUGAAGUGGGUGUGCGCGGUGCUGUGGGUGGCCGCCACUUUGGCCACGGCUCCGACGGCGAUCUUCUCCACCGUGACCGUGGUGGCCGGAGAGAAACUCUGUCUCCUGAAGUUUCCGGAGGGACACGACUGGCUGGCGCUCUAUCACAUCCAGAAGAUCCUGAUAGCGUUCAUCAUCCCGAUGCUGAUCGUGUCUGUGAACUACCUGAUGCUCCUCAGCUUCGUCAGGAGGAAGAGCAUGGAGGGCAGUAACCCCAAACGGAGAUCCAGAGUCACCAAAUCGGUCGCUAUUGUCGUUUUGUCUUUCUUCUUCUGCUGGAUGCCGAACCACGCCAUCACCUUCUGGGGCGUUCUGGUCAAAUUUAACGCGGUCAACUGGGACACGUCGUACUACAUGGUCCACACCUACGUGUUUCCGGUCACCGUGUGUUUAGCGCACACGAACAGCUGCCUGAACCCGGUGCUUUACUGCCUGAUGAGGCCGGAGAUCCGGAAGAUGCUGAGCAGUUUGUUUUGGAGAGUUUCCACGCCGCCCUCCGGCAAAGCCUGCGCCACGCGCUCCGUCACGCAGGGAGAGAUCCAAGGAGUCGUCCCGCUCCAGAUCAUGGACAACGCGGAGUACACGCUGUCCAUCAUAGAUCGAAAGGGUUUAUCGGGCUCCAGGACGUCCUCAUAUGCCCGUUGA